UAGCUGUAUAUCAGUUCGGAUGAGGAAGAAUGAGACAUAACAAGAGAGAAACGGCGACAUGAGUCAUGUCCAACGCGAAUCCUUUUGCGGGAAAGUAUCCCAGAGACUGCGCCGCUUCAAAGCGGGAGAUGUUUUCACAUGGUCAUUACUCAAAACUGUGGUGAUGGGUCAAGUCCUGUCAGCACUGAUCUGUGGCACCGCGGUCACAUCCCAGUACCUGGCUUCAGACUACCGCCUAGACGUGCCCAUGCUACAGAGCUUUCUGAAUUAUGCUCUGCUGUGUGGCACCUAUACUACGGUGCUCAUUUUCAGAACAGGUGAUGGAAAUAUUUUGCAGAUAUUAAAGAAAAAAUGGUGGAAAUAUUUCUUGCUCGGAAUCGUGGAUGUGGAGGCAAAUUAUGCAGUGGUGAAAGCCUAUCAGUACACCACGUUAACCAGUAUACAGCUGUUGGACUGUUCUGUUAUCCCUGUGCUCAUGAUGCUAUCCUGGUUCUUCCUGAAGACGCGAUACAGAAUAAUUCACUACGUGGCCGUGUGUGUGUGUUUGGCCGGCGUCGGAACCAUGGUUGGAGCAGAUCUCCUCGCAGGCCGCGAUCAAGGAUCGACCAGUAACAUCCUGUUGGGAGACGGCCUGGUUAUCCUCAGUGCAGCUUUAUAUGCCAUCUCCAAUGUGUGUCAGGAGUACACAGUGAAGAACAGGAGUAGAGUGGAAUUCCUGGGAAUGCUGGGUCUCUUCGGAACACUGGUCAGCGGAAUACAGCUAGCUGCUUUAGAGCACAAGGCUGUGGCAAAAAUCCAGUGGAGAUGGGAAGUUGCCCUACUCCUGUGCACGUUCGCCGUGUGCAUGUAUGUGCUGUAUAGCUGCAUGCCCGUUGUCGUGAAGCUGAGCAGCGCCACGGCCGUCAACCUCUCCCUGCUCACGGCCGAUCUCUUCAGCCUGUUCUGUGGUCUCUUCCUCUUCCAGUACUCGUUCUCGGGUCUUUACGUUGUGUCAUUAGUUGUGAUCAUGGUGGGCUUUGUCACGUUCAACGCAAUCCCUUCGCCACUACCACCUCUGACUACUGAAAUGCAGUCGGAAGAAGGGGGGUAUGACAACCAGGCUGCUGAACUCGACCACGAGGGCCAAGCAGGUUCAGUGGCUGACAUCAUUUGUGAGAAAGAAAAGGACGAAACUCAAGGACAUUCAAGGAAAGCCAUGACUGUAAACGGUCAAGGACGUGUUAUAAGCAGUGCUAGGGUGUAGUUUGCAAACACCAAGGCAACAUUCAUACGACUUUCCGUUUUAACUCACUGUGACACUGAUGUUGCCUUUGAUGUCUACAUCUUUAAAGCAGCGGUAAGUAGUUUUGCGGUUUUUCGUAACUUCUGCCAGCUACCGCUGGCUUCAGCUACCUCCCUUCAAUCCCAUGCCCUCCAUCCAACACUGCAUCUAAAUCUCUGAACUGCAGACUCCUGCGCGCCGGUCUCACGGACUUUGGACUUAUGCUGUGUGACGUUUACUGAAGUGACCGAUGUCAUGUCAAAUUUGCGAGGCCUCCUGGCUGGAAGUAUAUAAAAAUGUAAGGAGACUUCAACAUGACUGAUAACAUUGAUGCCACUAUAUGAUAUCGGAAGCAAGAUGAAUGCAGCUGACACUGUUGCUGUUGUUUAUGUUCUUGUUGCUUCGAUAACCACUUGCACUUAGAGGCAGAGGAGGUUAUUUCCCUAUACUAUCCUUCAGACUAGCCCUCCAUUGGUAUGUCAUGUAUCUUAAUAGAUUACUGAAUAAGUUACAAAACUUAAAAGUUACAAUUAAACACACCUAUCAUCCUAUAUGGAAAAUCUUUUAAUUAAUAAAUCUGCGAUCAAAUCAUUCCUUUUUUUAUUUAUGUCAUCACAUCCGUGUCUGAGUAAUUCCACAAGCAAAGUGUCGGUGCACAGACCCUCCCUUUGCAUAACACUCUAUGUGUCUCUGGGCACAUGAGAAUCCUGGACAGACAGGCACAUCCGUCCCCUCACUCUACCUAUAUUUAUUUAUCAAGACAGAUAAGCCAGAAAAGACAGCUUCAAAUUUGAGUGUAAGAGCAUUUUGUUGGUUAAAACUGUAGUAGGAUUAGAAUUUCAAGUAAAAUUUAAAGCAAUU